AUGGAUUUUGAGUAUUUGAACUUCCAGUUGGAUUAUUCAAUAGAUUUCUUCAAAACGUAUAUUGAUACGCAGCGUUUUUACGCCGGCCACAAGUUGGAUUUCAAACAUCAAAGUUGUGCCGGCGGCCCUGGUUCCGGUGCAGGUGGUGGUGGUGGUGGCGGAGGACCCGUUGUCGUCGGCGGCAAUACGAAUACGGUACCGCAACAGCAGCAGCAACAGCAACAGCAGCAACAACAACAACCCAAUUCACAUCCAAUUAACAGCAGCAGUGCAAAUAGCAGUAGUGCCAAUAGCAACGGCAGCAGCUCCAAUUCAGCCACAUUGACAUUAGCUAAUCAUCCGCUUGCCCAUACCAGUCAUACCGCCCAACAUUUAACUAAUCAUUCACACGUCUUGGCAUCGGCACAUGGUCAUCAGUUGCAUGUAAGUGGAUUGCCGACGGUGCAACAGCAACAGCAGCAACAACAACCACCUACAGCUGUUGCCCUACAGCAGCAGCAGCAGCAGCAACAACAACAGCAGCAGCAACAACAGCAGCAACAGCAACAACAACAGCAGCAGCAACAACAACAGCAGCAGCAGCAACAACAGCAACAACAACAGCUACUUACCAACGGACCAACACUCUUAAUCGGCAACGGACCAAGCUCCGCCGGUGCCAGCAGUCAUUCCGUUUCAACUGCAUCCGCCGCAGCUGCCGCCGCUGCUGCUGCUGCCGCCGCAUCAAUUCCACACGUUCACGCACCACACAGCCUUGGCCUGAGUCCUCAGUCUAGUGCCGAUUCGCAGCAAUUUAAUAUCUUUCCGGCCAUAUUUAGCCGCCAAUUGAACUUCUCGGCCGGCGGACAAGCGGGCAAAUUGAGCAUGGACGAGCUGCGCCCAAAUUUGGUUGGUGGCCUGUUGGGCUUACAGCAGGGCCUACUCGAGGACCAUGCCAGCAGCAUGCAGCACGGCGGUGUGGCCCAGGAUACUAAAUUCAUGUCCUUUCAGGACCAGCGUUUAAUGGGCAUUACCGGUUCGCAUGAGAAUCGUUUGCUUAGCCUGGCCACAUCCGUGCAGGAUACAAGAUCGCCCAUAACCACACUAGACAAAUCAUCAUCCUCGUCGCUCAAUCAUCAGCGCAAAUGUAGCAGCACGCCCGAAGAUUUCAGUGCUCUAUACUCAGGCCUGCCCACACCUGGAAUGGACUCAUCCUCGCAUCAUCAUACGCCGGCCCAUACGCCGCCCUCGCGUCUCUCCGACCAUACCAUAUCGGAAGGUGCAUUCAAGAAACUUAAACCAGAACCCAAUAGCGGCCUGUCAACUGUUUCCGCCGGCAUCACAUCACCCGGAAGUGGAUUAUCAUCGCUGAGUCAGCAUGCCGGUCAUACCCCAACCACAGCAUCCUGCCCAACGCCAGCCAGGCGAAGACAUCGAACCACAUUCACACAGGAACAAUUAGCAGAACUGGAAGCUGCAUUCGCCAAAUCGCAUUAUCCGGAUAUUUACUGUCGCGAGGAGCUGGCGCGUACGACAAAACUGAAUGAGGCGCGAAUUCAAGUUUGGUUUCAAAAUCGUCGCGCCAAAUAUCGCAAACAAGAGAAACAAUUGCAAAAGGCAUUGGCACCAUCUGUGAUCCCAUCGUGCAACGGGAUGAUGAGGAAUAUACAAGGCUAUAGUGUAUCACGAGGCUAUCAGCCCUAUCCACAUCAUAAUACAAUGAAUCGCUAUCCACAGGAUUUAUUCCAAAUGGGUGCCUCCUCAUAUCCAGGCAUGACGCAACCCUUCUCAAUGGCUCAUAGUACGAAUAUGGGCUCUGUGGGUGUGCGUCAAGAUUCCAUGGGCAUGUCACCCGAGGACGAAUGGUAUAACAAAAGUCUAUCCGCAUUGCGCAUGAAUAGCUCACAUCAUCCGAAUUUAUCGGCGCCAAUGCUGCAAUAUCAAACAUAAUCAAAAACCUUUGACGACUUCUUUUAAAAUAUCGCCUCGAAUCCCCAACUAAACAUUAGCUAAUGGAUGGAGUGUGAUCAUUUUUAAACCGAAGGCGUCAAACUGUAUACUUAAAGAACCCCAAAAACAACUAAAACUAUGAAAGACAAACGACAAACUUUCUAACUAAAAAAUAUCCCAAGCUCCCAAGUUUCCAAUUUCCCUUUCCCAAUUCUAGAAACCUUUCGUUUGCACAAACCCCAUCCUCCGCCCCCCUGGACACUCCUCUAUCCAUGGAUUGUGUAUGUAACUAGUAUUCGAAAAUCUUCAAGUAAAACCAAAG